UCUGCUUGGCACACGACACUCUUCAUCAUCGAUAAAGGGAAUCACCCCUCUUGCCGGCUGUCGUCUGCACGUUCUUGAACCCUAGCUUGUUUGCUGCACUGUCUUCACCACUCACCGUCUGGGAUCUCGCCUCCUCAACCUCACCACCUGCUCUCAGCCAGUCGUCUCGCGUACCAUCCCCAAAUAGCAAACCCAAAAAAGCUGCCAUCUGUCUUGGGUCCGCAAUUCUGGACUAUUCUCAGCCGCUAAACGUCCUCUGCAUAUCCGUCUCCAGUCUUCUUCGGGCCUGAUAUCACCCUGCUCAAUUUACAAAACUCAACCUUCUCCCAUCCUUCAAACCUUCUCACUCACUUCUACAUCAUGGCAUCUGUCGACAACAAGAACGACUACAGCAUGGAGGCAGGAUUGUUGAGCACUGACCGAGAAGAGAGGACCAUGUCGUCAAAGGAAGCACUACUCCAGGAUUCGGAAUCUGCCCAGGCCAUCCCACGGACAAAGACCAGAAGGAUAUCCCCAGCUGGCAAGGCCUUGAUCGCUUUGGCCGCUUGCUGUCUUCUGGGCGUCGGUGUAGCAUCCAUUGGAGGUGCUACCCGAUUCUGCCCUGGACACCUCCGCCAUGGUGAUGUUGUUGGAAAGCAUGGCAUGAACGCUCAUCGACCAAAUCUUUCCGAUUCCAUGGCCCAAAUGGUUCGACGACAAAACACACCAGCGCCUACCGAUACAGAGCAGGGCACUGGCCCUACCGAUGCCGCUUCUGAUGGUGCUUCCAAUGCUCCCUCGGGCGGCUCUUCAGGCGGAGCCUCUGGUGGUGCUUCAAACACCGUACAGCAACCCACUGCUACGAACGAGGCUAGCGAGACUGCUGCUCAGCCUUCCGCUACCGCCGAAGAGUCAACCGACCAGGCCAGCGCCACAGAUGAGGCCUCAAACACCCAGGCUCAACCGUCAGUUACUCAGCCAUCUGCCACCAGUGAGCCUUCCUCACCCUCGCGCCCUGCGAGCUCAGAACCUGAGGAACCCACCUCUAACCCGGAUACAGGCCCACCUUCUGCCACUGCCCGACCUACCGAGGACUCAGCUACUGAAGCAUCUCCUUCUGCCACGGAAUCUCAAGGGGAGCCUACUGAGCCUGCAUCCACAGCUGCUUCUACACAGCGAACCACCCGCAGGACCACGGAGAACCGACCUGAGUCCACUGAGGACUCUUCCCCUGAAUCGACCACCGAUGAUUCCGAGGCCACUGCCACUGGUACGUCCGUUUCGGAAGAGGAACCUUCUGAGACUGCUCCCUCUUCUCGUGCUUCAACUUCCAAUCCUUCUGCUCCUAGUGCUGCAACCUCCACUGCUGCCAGUACGUCUACUCGAAGAACUUCUUUGCCUGAUACCUCCUCUUUUUCUGAAUUACCGUCCGAGACGGCUUCUUCGGGUGAGACCCUUCAAUCCACCGCCCUUGAUGAUACUUCCACUGUUAUCGAAACUGCCACCGUUCCCCCGUCCACUGUCGCCGAAGCUACCACUGUCCUCUCCGACUUAACUUCUGAGUCAGCUUCCGGGCCAACUCAAGAGUCGGAAACAGCCUCCCAGGCUUCAGAGGAGACAGAGACGACCACCGGUAUGUGGGACGGACGAGCAGCAACAGGGCUCUUUCCAGGGACAUUGCUGCGAAUCCAAUUCCCCAAACCUGUUGUGAUAUUACUGUUUCGUGCCAUCUCCACAACCUGAUGCCUUGACUUCGUGACUAUCGCAAGUGCGCCAAAACUUGAAAAUGCCUUUUGACCCUUGAUUGCCUCCGCGUUGACUACACACUUUUGCAAACGGUUACCAUUUGAGCGUAUAUGCUAACAUUGAGACAGGCGACCAGGAAACCGCAACUCAGACAGACGAGGCUUCACAAACCUCAGACAAUGCCGAA